AUGUUGGCAUCACUCGUCCGUAAUCCAAACAACUUUAGAUGUCACCAAGCCAUACUAUGGAAGACGGACGGUGCUACCGUGGAGCCCAGAUGGGAUGGGUACACCAAAUUGGUGGUUUCUUGUGCGGAGGCUGCGCUUGCCACAUUUAUGCAGGUAGUCGAAACCGUUCGUGAGAUUCCUUUCUUGAUGCGCCUGCUGCUCCCCGCUGCCACUCGACGCAAGGAUCUCGACCAGGGCAAAUGA